AUGACUUCUGAGCCUUCAGUCUCAUCUCGCAUAAUUAUCAUGCCCGUUGAUGACAGUCCUCACUGUGAACGAGCCUUCAAAUGGUAUCUCAAGCGAGCUCACAGACCCGAAGAUAAACUCAUCCUCCUUCACGUCAUUCAGCCACGUUACAUCUCUCCUCCCGGUGGCCUCGUCAUUGAGCACGCCGUCAUAGACAACUCCACAUCCACGAACGAGGGAAUUGAACUGGGCAGGCAAGUGCUUGAGAAAUAUGCGCGGAAGUGCAAGAAGGCAAAUUUCAUCUACGAAACUACAUUGAGAGCAGACUCGAACGUUGGCAGCGUCAUAAUUGAAGCUGCAGACGAAUACUUCGCCAACCUCAUUGUGAUCGCCUCUCAGGGAAUGAGUAAGGCGAGACGAACCAUUUUGGGUAGUGCCAGUCACUACGUCGUUUACCACUCUGGGAUACCUGUUCUGGUAGUGCCUCCUGCUAAGAGAAGUUCCGCCUCAUUUGUGGCAGAAGUGGAACAAGCGGAAAAGGAAUAG